UUGCAGGGUAAAUGCAUAAGCAGUGGAGCUUCUCUGUGCUCAAACAGGCUUCUGCUCUCCUUCGAUUUCACGUGAGAUUAAAGAGCACCAAUGUAAGACCAACGGCUCCUCUGGGUUCACGAGUUCUGACCAACCCUGAUGACAUCUUUAAACACAACAUGUGGGACCAUGUGCAGUGGACAGAGGAGGACAAAGAGGCUGCUCGGCAGAGGGCAGAAGAAAAUUCAAGAUUACGACUUCCUUUAACAGAACAAGGUAAAUUUGUCACAAAUGCCAGUCAGUACUGGGACCACUUUUAUGAGGUGCAUCAAGAUAAAUUCUUCAAAGAUCGCAGGUGGCUGUUUUUAGAGUUCCCAGAGCUGCUUCCUUCAUCUGUGGAAAAAAGGACAAACAUAUGCCUCAGUCAUCAGGAACCAACACCAGAGCCAAAUGAAGUGGUCGCAGAGGCCUCGUUUUUUCCUGGACAGCAAACAUCUUUUAGGAUCUUGGAGGUUGGAUGUGGAGUUGGAAACAGUGUAUUUCCCAUCCUUAAUGCCAUAAAGAACACAGACUCAUUUUUCUACUGCUGUGACUUCUCCCCUCGUGCCAUUCAGCUGGUUAAGGACCAUCCAGACUAUGAUGAUUCUGUUUGUCAUGCCUUUGUCCAUGACAUCUGUAAGGAGGAGACCUCUUUUCCUUUUCCUCCUCAGAGCCUGGAUGUCAUCCUAGCGGUCUUUGUGCUCUCCUCCAUCCAUCCACAGCGAAUGCAAAGAGUGGUGAACCAUCUUUCAAUGUAUCUGAAACCAGGAGGGGUUUUCCUUUUCCGAGAUUAUGGGAGAUACGACUUUUCACAACUAAGGUUUAAGAAGGGUCGAUGCUUAUCAGACAAUUUCUACACUCGUGGAGAUGGAACCUGUGUUUACUUCUUUACAAAAGAAGAGGUCCAUGAUUUAUUUUCCAAAGCUGGACUUGAGGAAAUCCAGAAUCUGGAGGACAAACGACUACAAGUGAACCGUGGAAAGAAGGUUGUAAUGCGUCGGGUGUGGAUGCAGAGCAAGUACAGGAAACCACCUCCAUCAUCACCCUCCUGAAAGCCCCGGAAGCACAGCUGUGUGUGUGUGUUUUUUAUGCUUUUCUGAUACUAUUUAUAUCUUGUGUAUUCUAUUGCAAUAUAUCUUCUAUUUAAUUUUUGUAUGACAUUUAAACUGCAGCAAAAUAAUUUUAAUAAAAUU